AUGAAGAAGGUGGAUUGCCUCAAGUUCCUUAAGACGGAGAGCAGCCAAACCCGGUCUGGGAAUCCGUAUAACGAAGAGCAAGCAGACUUGUACAGUGAGGAAACUGGCAAUCAGUACAAUGAGGACCCAGCAAAUUCUUACCAGGAAGAGCUGGAGAAUGCAUUCAGUGGGGACCCGGACAUGGCCCAACAGGACAACUCGCAGGUCAACAAUGUUGACGAUAACAAAUGGCCUGGAUGGCCAGGAGAGAGUGUUUUCCGUAUACUGGUUCCAGCUCAGAAGGUCGGAGCUAUCAUUGGCCACAAAGGGGAGUUUAUCAAGAAGAUGUGCGAGGAGACUAAAGCGCGCAUCAAAAUACUUGAUGGCCCACCUGGUGUACCAGAAAGAGCAGUAAUGAUUUCAGCAAAGGAUGAACCAGAGGCACCUCUCUCUCCAGCUGUGGAUGGCUUACUUAGAGUUCAUAAAAGAAUAACUGAUAGUUCAGAUGGUGAAUCUGGUCGGCCUCAACGAAGUGCUGGUAAUAUAGGACCAACACGACUUCUAGUGCCAUCUUCGCAAGCUGGCAGCCUUAUUGGCAAGCAGGGAGCAACUAUUAAAUCAAUACAAGAUUCUUCUAAGUCCGUUGUCCGUAUUGUUGAGAAUGUGCCUCCUGUUGCACUACAUGAUGAUAGAGUUGUGGAGAUACAAGGCAAGCCUCUUGGUGUCCAAAAAGCAGUGGAAUUAAUAGCGAGUCACUUAAGAAAAUUUCUUGUUGACCGCAGUGUUCUUCCAUUGUUUGAAACACAUAUGAAAAUGCAUGGUAUGCCGAGGGAGCAACCAGUGCCACCUCUCCAGCAUUGGGGCCCUCAAACCUGGGGCCCUCCUCCGAACAUUCCUCCAGGUGGUCCUGGUUUUGGAGGAAAUCCACAGUUCAUGCCUCCAAGGCCGCAAGACAGUUAUUAUCCUCCUGAUGCCCCCCCUAUGGAAAAGCAGCCGCACUAUGGUAUUUCUGCAUAUGGUAGGGAGGCCCCACCAAGUGGUGCUUCUGCUGCAGGGAUUCAACCACCCUCUAUUGCAGCUGGUGCUAGUAUCAAUUAUAUCCGUAGACACAGUGGCGCAACAGUAACUAUUCAAGAAAGCAGAGGUGCACCUGGAGAGAUGACUGUGGAGAUAAUUGGGACUGCAGCCCAAGUUCAAACUGCUGAGCAACUGAUCCAGAAUUUCAUGGCAGAGGCUGCUCCCCCAGGCCCGCCGCCAGCUUCUAACCCUCCCGCUCCACCAGCUGAUCCGAGCUAUGGCUCUUACCCACCACCAUAUGGAGCAGCUCCUUCGGCGGCUGCCAGGCCUCAUCCGCAGCACAAUGGUGGGAGCUACGGUGGCCCGACCUACCCUCCCAGCUAUGGUUAUUAG